CCAAAAAAAAGCCCAAUUGGGUUGGAUCCAUCUCUUCUCCCUGGCGGUGCAUUUAUUCCGUUGGCGGUUGCAGCACCGUGAUGUGGUCCGACCUUUCCGCUCAAGGGGUUUUUCGGCGCAUCUCAUGAUCUUCCCCAGGAAAACACAACCCAGUCUGUAGAAAGAGCUCUUUCUAUAGGGAACCUAAAGGAGGAAAAAGGAGAGAGAGAAAAAUCAAGCAGGGUGGGAAGGAGAAAGAGAAGCGAGGCGGAGAGGACGGAGACCCAGCCCGAAGGAUCCAGCUUGGGGAAUCCACCCAGGAGAGUGUCUCCGUGUAUGGUUGGAGAGUGGGGGGGCCAAGAGCCUUCCCCCCCCUCAGGACUGCAGUUGGGCUUGAAGACCUUGUUUGUGACCGUAUCCGACCUCUGCCGAAAAUCCUGGCACCCCUUCCUCUCGUUCUUCAUUUUGGGCAAGGGGGUGGGGGGUGGCCUGGGGGGCAGUGAGACCGCGGCCGUCCAUUUCCACUUGAUGUCCAUGAAUGCGAACACCAUGAUAUUUAUGAUCCUCGGAGCUUCUAUUGUUAUGGCAAUUGCGUGCUUGAUGGAUAUGAACGCUCUCUUGGACCGAUUUCACAAUUAUAUCUUACCGCAUUUGAGGGGCGAAGACCGCGUUUGCCACUGCAACUGUGGAAGGCACCAUGUCCAUUAUGUCAUCCCGUACGAUGGAGACCAGUCGGUUGUGGAUUCCUCAGAGAACUACUUUGUGACUGACAAUGUCACCAAGCAGGAAAUUGACCUGAUGCUGGGACUCUUGCUGGGAUUCUGUAUAAGCUGGUUUCUGGUCUGGAUGGACGGGGUCCUCCAUUAUGCCGUGCGAGCGUGGCGGACAAGCCGACGGUAUGACAAUACUUGGUCUUGGCUUCCAAAAUUUUGUAACUUCAAGGAGUUCAGGAAACGUCACCACCGGCAAUACGACGAAGCCACUGGGAACAUGGUGCACAUCAAACAGAAGCUGUACCACAACGGGCACCCGAGCCCGAGGCACCUCUGAGGCCCCCCGAGACUGAUGAGAGGUCACAGAACUUGCCCUUUGCCCUCUGUCCCGAGGGGACCUCGGCCCGUUCCCACGUCUUCGAUGGAUGCUGCUUUAGGACUUCCUUUUCUUCCCCCCUGAGUUGUGUCCGUCCGGCACACAGAGAAUGCACAAUUCAUCCCCGUCCCGGAUGCCAGGCACCCGCGGCGUCGCACUGUGGUUACCAUUUUCUUGGUGGACUUCUGUACAUAUGUAAAUACAAGAACAAAACCCAAAAGAACGAACGAACGAACAAACGAAAACAACAAAUCAGAGAGAACUCGCAUUGUCCUUCCAAUCCAUCGCUUCCUCGAUGGUGUCCUGCAACGCCAGUGUACCCUUCUUUUCUUUUUGGUUUGGUUUUGUUUAUUUGUUUGUUUGGAAAUUUGUUGUCGUCGUUUGAGGUCUUUGUAGGUGAAUUUGGCCAGAAGAUGCCGUGUUUAGCAUUCGAGAACUUUCAAACUCCGGUUCUGGUUGUGUCCCGUUUCCUUGCCCCAUCCCAAGAGUUCUUCUUCCUGCUACGAUGCCUCACUUCCAAGCCAGGGAUGGUUUGAGGUUUAUAACCACCCCAUUUUGGUUGUUUUGCCAUCCGAUUGGUCACUUGGUUCCUUUCCCUAAUCCUUCCCUUUCUUCGUUGUUUGAAACCAUGGGAUUUGCUUGAAUUUGCUGGUUUGGAAUCGGAAAGCGACUGGAUUUUGUGUAUCACUCCAUUGGUUCUAGUGCAGUAAAUUCUCACCGAAGCCGAUCACUAAGAGGACCCCACAAGCCUCACUUUCUGUUCUUGUUGUCCCUUUCCCUGUGUUACGUGAGCAUGAAGGUUUAAUUGGGGCUGAUGGGAUACUACAAGCCAUGUUGUCAUUGAAGAUGGAUUUGAUUUGGUGUUGCUAACCAUUGAUCCCAUUGUUGAGAUCAAGUUGAUCCCCUUGGGUGUGUAGUGUGAAUUUUUCAACCUUAUGCUGCUCAAAUUGUUUACACACUUAGCCCUCUAGUAUCUAUUCCAUUGGUUCUCCACCUGUGGGUCCCCAGGUGUUUUGACCUACAACUCCCAGAAAUCCCAGCUAGUUUUUCUGGGAGUUGAAGGCCAAAACAUCUAGGGACCCACAGGUGGAGAACCACUGAACUAAAGCUUCUGAGAGCUUCUGUUCAACCAUUUCAAAACUCUGUUUGAGUGGUGAUGGCAUGAUCAUCAGUGUAGAUGAAAGUAAAGAUGGCCACAGGAAAGGUUGGAGAAGAGAAUGAUGCUGGGGAAUCCCAACCAGUUUACCAGAUGUUGGAAGGCCAAAAUAUCUGGGGACCCACAGGUUGAGAACCGCUGAUCUAAAGCUUCUGAGAGCUUCAGAUCAACCAUUUCAAAACUCUGAGUGGUGAUGGCAUGAUCGUCAGCGUAGAUGAAAGCAAAGAUGGACACAGGAAAGCUUGGAGAAGGGAAUGAUGCUGGGGAAUCCCAACCAGUUUACCAGCAGUUAGGAUUUUUGGGAGUUGAAGGCCAAAACAUCUGGGAACCCAGAGGUUGAGAACCACUGACCCAAAGUUGUGGAGAGCUUCUGAUCAACCAUUUCAAAACUCUCUGUUUGAGUGGUGAUGGCAUGAUCGUCAGCAUAGAUGAAAGUAAAGAUGGCCACAGGAAAGCUUGGAGAAGAGAAUGAUGCUGGGGAAUCCCAACCAGUUUACCAGCUGUUAGGAUUUUUGGGAGUUGAAGGCCAAAACAUGUUGAGAACCCACAGAUUGGGAACCACUGACCAAAGGUUGCGGAGAGAUUCUGAUCAGCCAUUUCAAAACUCUCUGUUUGAGUGGUGAUGGCAUGAUCGUCAGUGUAGAUGAAAGCAAAGAUGGCAACAAGAAAGCUUGAGGAAGAGAAUGAUGCUGGGGAAUCCCAACCAGUUUACCAGCUGUUAGGAUUUCUGUGAGUUGAAGGCCAAAACAUGUUGAGAACUCACAGAUUGAUCUGUUCUGAUUGGCAGAAACUUCUCCAAGUUGACAGGUGUAUAAAGUGCUUGCCCAUCACUCCUUUUAACUGGAGAUUAUGGGGAUUCAAACUGCAAGCUUCUGCAUGUAAAGCAGGUGCUCUACCUUUGAGGCAAGGUUCUCUCCUCUACUUUCCCGUUCCACAGUUCCUUUCCAGAGGUUCCCAACUUUUGGCCCUCCAGGUGUUUUGGACUUCAACUCCCAGAAAUCCCAACCAUCUUACCAGCUGUUAGGAAUUGUGGGAGCUGAAGUCCAAAAACACCUGGAGGCCCGAAGUUUGGGAACCACUGCUAGUGGCCUUCUGUGAGAUGGACCAUCUGCCUAUAGCAAACCACUGUUGUUGUUGUUUUGGGGUGGUAAAGUGGCUGGGAUUCCCCAGCAUCAUUCUCUUCUCCAAGCUUUCCUGUCUUCUCAUUAUGUGGCCAAACUACUUCAUCUUUACUUUCAUCUACGCUGACGAUCGUGCCAUCACCGCUCAAACGGAGCUGGGAUUUCUGGGACUUUUAGGUCAAAACACCUGGGGACCCACAGGUUGAGAACCACUGACUUAGAUGAAGGCUUAGAAGGCGUGAUCAUCACGUUUGCGGGCGUCACCAAAUCGGGAGGGAUAGCUAAUACUCCAGAAGACAGGAACAGAAUUCAAAACGAUCUUCACAGAUUAGAGAGACGAUUGGCCAAAAUGAACCAAAUGUAGUUCAACGGCGACUACUGCAAGAUCUUCUACUUAGGCAGAAAAAUCUCAAAUGCAAAGAGACAGAAUGGGGGACGAGGCCUGGCUUGACAGCAGGGUGUGUGGAAAGGUCCUGGAGUCCUCAUGGACAUGAGUCAACAAUGUGAUGAGGCAGCUAAAAAAGCCAAUGGGAUUUUGGCCUGCAUUAAUAGGAGCCUAGUGUCUAUCUCCACGGAAGUCAUGCUCCCCAUGCUGUAUUCUGCCUCAAGUCACACCACACCUGGAAUACUGUGUCCAAUUCUGGACAUUGCAAUGGAAGGGAGAUGUUUAAGAUGGAAUGUGUCCAUAGGAGGGUGACUCAAAGGAUCAAGGGUUUGGAGAACAAGCCGUGGGCUCAAGAAGGUAGUAGGAAGGAAGUGGUGUUGGGGAACUGAGACGCUAGCAACACAGCAGCAUUGGGAGAUGGCUUUGCUUUCGCAUGGGCAGGCCUUUAAGAGGACAGUACUUGUCCUCUUAUGGCUGGUGAUGGAAGUUGGUUGGAAGUAAAGGAGGUGAGGAACCAUCCCCUCUCUUGGUGGAACUCAAUUGGUCUUUGAGUAGAACAAGAUACUGUGAAACUCCCAUCAGGAGAGAGGAUGGAGCUUGUCCCGCGGCUGUAGAUGGAAGUUGCAUUGAAGCAUAUGAGGAUGAGCACAAUCUUCUUUCUUGAUGGAGCUCAACAUAUCUUUGAGCAGAUUGGGGUACUGUAAGUCCCUUCAUGAGAGAAGACAGUGCUUGUCCUCUCAUGGCUUUAGAUGGAAGUUGGUUGGAUUUAAAGGAGGACAGGAACCAGCCUCUCUCUCAAUGGAGCUCAACAGGUCUUUUGGUAGAACAUCAACAGAUUUUUGAGUAGAACAAAGUUCCAUCCAGAGAGAAGAUGGUGCUUGUCCUCUCAUGGCUUUAGAUGGAAGUUGGUUGGAUUUAAAGGAGGACAGGACCAGCUUCUCUUGAUGGAGCUCAACAGGUCUUUUGGUAGAGCAUCAACAGGUUUUUGAGUAGAACAAAGUUCCAUCAAGAGAGAAGAUGGUGCUUGUCCUUUCAUGGCUGCAGAUGGAAGUCGUUUGGAUUUAAAGGAGGACAGGAACCAUCCUCUCAAUGGAGCUCAACAGGUCUUUGAGUAGAACAAAGUUCCAUCAAGAGAGAAGAUAGUGCUCAUCCUCUCAUGGCUUUAGAUGGAAGUUGGUUGGAUUUAAAGGAGGACAGGAACCAUCCUCUCAAUGGAGCUCAACUGGUAUUUGAGUAGAACAAAGUUCCAUCAAGAGAGAAGAUAGUGCUUGUCCUCUCAUAGCUGCAGAUGGAAGUUGUUUAGAUUUAAAGGAGGAUAGGAACCAUCCUCUCUCUCAAUGGAGCUCAACAGGUCUUUGAGUAGAACAAAGUUCCAUCAAGAGAGAAGAUAGUGCUCAUCCUCUCAUGGCUUUAGAUGGAAGUUGGUUGGAUUUAAAGGAGGACAGGAAUCAUCCUCUCUUGAUGGAACUUAACAGGUCUUUGAGUAGAACAGGAUACUGUAAAAAACCCAUCAGGAGAGAGGAUGGAGCUUGUCCCACGGCUGCAGAGGGAAGUUGGUUGGAAGUAAAUGAGGGCAGGAACCCUCCUAUAAAGUUCCAUCAAGAGAGAAGACCAUAUUUGUCUUCCCAUGGCAAUGAGAAAUAAAGGAGGACAAGAACCAUCCUCUCUCUUGAUGGAACUCAACAAGUCUUUGAGGAGAUUGGGGUACUGCAAAGUUCCAUCAAGAAAGAAGAUGGUGCUUGUCCUCUCAGGGCUGCAGAUGGAAGUUGGUUGGAAGUAAAGGAGGACAUGAACCACCCUUUUUCUCGGUGGAGCUCAACAGGUCUUUGAGUAGAACAUCAACAGGUCUUUGAGUAGUACAAAGUUCCAUCAAGAUAGAAUAUGGUGCUUGUCUUCUCAUGGCGAUGAGACAAGAGGACAAGAACCAUCCUCUCUCUUGAUGGAGCUCAACAGGUCUUUGAGGAGAUUGGGGUACUGCAAAGUUCCAUCAAGAGAGAAGAUGGUGCUUGUCCUCUCAUGGCUGCAGGUGGAAGUUGGUUGGAAGUAAAGGAGGGCAGGGACCACCCUGUAAAGUUCCAUCAAGAGAGAAGACCGUACUUGUCUUCUCAUGCUGGUGAGAAGUAAAGGAGGACAAGAACCAUCCUCUCUCUUGAUGGAACUCAACGGGUCUUUGAGCAGAUUGGGGUUCUGCAAAGUUCCAUCAAGAGAGAAGACAGUGCAACACCAGGUUGGUUCUCAAUGUAGCUUACAAUGCCGGCUUUUUGGACGGGGAAGUGAAUGAGAUGCAUCCUGUUGAAUUUCGUAAAGGUUUAUUUCAGACUAUGACUCCCAGUGAUCAUGCUGACUGGGGAAUUCUGGGAGUUAUAAUACAAAAAAAUAUAUAGAUUCGGCAACUUGGUUAGAAAACCAGUAACACCCAGAAAUGUAACAUUUAAUUUGUCUAAGGAUGUUCCCCAACAUUAGUUUUUCUUUAGUUUCAGAGCACUAAAAAGCAACGUGUGGAGUCCGGAGAGCGAGAGAGCGAAUGAGCAUGCGCAAGUUGCCCAGGCAUUAAUGUCCUGUUGUAGUCUAGCAAAUCCGUAAUUCUGAAUAUAGAGGCGCAUAUACUGAAUGGGCAAGUAAAAUUCUUCAGAGUUCAGACGACAUGAUUCCCAUUGAACUCCAAAGGCCUAAAUCCCACGCACGCUUCUGUGGAAGGAAGUGUCCAUGUGAUUAAAAAGAGAGGAAAAAAAACAAACAAACAUGAGAAAUCGACCACCAAAACCAACCUCACUCAUCUGUUGGAUUUAUUUGCUAGCUCUUGACCAAGGUGAUCUCCAUUAAAGGCUGUUUGUGGUA